UUUGUGUGUUUCAGAGAGUGGCCUGGGAGGCGCAGAAGCCGAGGGGACGGGACAUGUCGAGGGUUUAUAUUGGGAGGCUCAGUUACCAAGCCCGGGAGAGGGACGUCGAGAGGUUCUUCAGGGGCUACGGGAAGAUACUCGAGGUCGACCUCAAAAACGGGUAUGGGUUUGUUGAGUUUGAUGACCCGCGGGAUGCAGACGAUGCUGUCUAUGAACUGAAUGGCAAAGACCUGUGUGGGGAGAGGGUCAUUGUGGAACAUGCAAGAGGUCCUCGUCGCGAUGGAAGCUACAGCUCCGGACGCAGUGGAUAUGGUUAUAGACGAAGUGGGAGAGACAAGUAUGGGCCUCCAACUCGUACAGAAUACAGGCUGGUUGUAGAGAAUCUGUCCAGCCGUUGCAGUUGGCAGGAUCUAAAGGAUUAUAUGCGUCAAGCAGGGGAGGUGACGUAUGCCGAUGCACACAAAGGAAGAAAGAACGAAGGUGUCAUUGAGUUCAAGUCUUACUCUGACAUGAAGCGCGCCCUGGAGAAGCUGGACGGCACAGAGGUGAACGGCAGGAAGAUCCGCCUGGUUGAAGACAGGCCUGGCUCACGACGCCGUCGCUCCUACUCCAGGAGUCGCAGCCGCUCCAGAAGCAGGCGUUCACGCAAGAGCCGCAGCCACAGCACCAGCAGCCAGAGCAGUCGCUCAAAGAGCAGGUCCAAGAACCGCUCUCAUUCCAGGUCCGCUUCCCAUUCGGCGAGCAGGAGCAAGAGCCGCAGCCCGAGCAAAGAGAAAGAGAAAAGCCGGAGCCACAGCAGGAGCAGGGGAGGCAACAACAACAAAGACAGUACAUACGAGAGGGGGAGAAGCAGAAGCAAAGACCGGAACGGAGGCCAGAGGACCAGCAGGAGUCAGAGCAAAGAGCAGAGGAGCAGCAGGAAGAGGAGCCGCAGCAGGAGGGAAGGCAAGAGCAGCAGCAAGCACAAAAAGAAGGGAGACAAAGACUAUUCCAGGUCCAGGUCCAGGUCUGAGUCUGAAGACAAAGAGCGCUGCAGGAAGUCUGAGUCACAGAAUGAGUCCAAGAAUGGUGAGGUGGGAGCUGGUGACAGCCACAGGUCUCGCUCCAGCUCAAAGUCAAGGUCCAAGCCCAAGGGCAAAACCACACCCCGAUCUAGAUCGAAGUCUGCUUCUAAAGCCAGAUCUAAAUCCAGGUCUCGUUCUAGGUCAGCUGCUAGAUCUGCCUCACGUUCCAGGUCAAGGUCUCUUUCCCCAUCUUAAUUAUUAUUAUUUUAUUUUUUUUACCUUGCCUUUAUCGCUGUGAAAACAUUUUAAUUACUGUUUUGGUAGAAGUAGCACAAAUGGAUUAGUGUGUUACACACAGAUCUGCACACAAAGUCACACACUUUUUUUUUUUUUUUUUUGUCAGCUGUUUGAUAAUUAAUGGAGUGAUGUGCAUUAACAAAUCAUUGAUGAAGACAAUACCUUAUGAAGGUAGUUUGGGUGUAUCUUUUUUUCAUGCUUUUUGUUUGUUUUUUAAAGAAAUGUCUACCAUGUAGUGAAAUGAGGAUGUAGUCUUAAGUUGUAAUUUCAUACUUGUGUAGAUUUGUGUUUUCAGUUCUGAAAUAAAUCUAAAAAGAAA